AUGGGUCAUCGCUUAUCCAAACAGAACGAAGAACAUCAGUUUGCAAGGAAGGGUUCCCUAAAACCGGCAAACGAAAGCAAACAUAUGGAUUGCAUUAAUUGCAACUAUUUUGAGCCUUUAGAUGACGAGGAACUUCACCGACUACAAGCACAACACUUUCUUUUACGACUCAUUCGUGGUAACUUCAAUGCUCCAUUGAAAAAGACAUUAUCAUUAGGAAACACCAAAGUACUUGAUGUUGGCUCUGGCACGUGGAUCCUCGAUAUGGCAACUGAUUACCCACAAUCAUCAUUUACCGGUUUGGACAUGUUAGCACUCUUUCCCACCCAAAUUCGUCCGGUCAAUGUCUCGUUCAUUCAACAAAACGUACUCAAGGGAUUAACUACAUGCGACAACACGUUUGAUUUCAUACACGAACGAUUUCUUUCUGGGAGUUUUUCUACCAGUCAGUGGGAGAAAAUAGUAAUUCCCGAGUUGACACGAGUACUGAAGCAUGAAGGAUGGAUAGAAUUAGUGGAGAGUGAUGCAAUGUUAGAAAAUGUUGGAAGGGCUGGAAAGAGGCUCUGUGAUGGAUUGAUUCAAGUGUUCCAAAAGAGAAACAUGGAUGGAAUGAUAGCGAAACGAUUGCCAUCGAUGCUCGAAUCAACCCAAAUGUAUUCAGAGAUUUCAAAAGUCGAGACUGAAGUUCCGCUUGGUGAAUGGGCAGGUGAUAUUGGGUUACUAGCCCUGAAAGACAUGACAGCAUUCUUUUCGGCCGUUAAACACCAAAUGGUAGAAGAAAUGCAGAUAUCAUUAUCAGAAUUCGAUGGAUUGUUAGCUGAAUUUACUCGAGAGGUUGAGGAGUUUAAAACGGUACGAAGAAUUCAUUGCAUAUGUGCAAAAAAAUCGUUCGUCAAAUGA